CCUAAAGAGCAACGAGGAAGAAAAUCUCUUUCUUUUUAGUUUUCUCUUCCUUGCUCCUCUUCUUCCGAGUCGCACAGGCUUCCCUCCAUCGCCAUCGCCAUCCUCCUUCCACGCUUAUUGUGUCUGUCACUCAUCGCACGCCACCAUGGGUAAGACACGUGGAAUGGGAGCUGGACGAAAGCUCAAGAACCACCGCAGAGCCCAGCUUUGGGCUGACAAGUCGUACAAGAAGAGUCACUUGGGUAAUGAGUGGAAGAAGCCUUUUGCCGGAUCUUCUCACGCCAAGGGAAUCGUUCUUGAGAAGAUUGGUAUUGAGGCUAAGCAGCCCAACUCUGCUAUUCGAAAGUGUGCUAGGGUACAGCUCAUCAAGAAUGGAAAGAAGAUUGCUGCUUUCGUCCCUAAUGAUGGUUGCUUAAACUACAUCGAGGAGAACGAUGAGGUUCUGAUUGCUGGAUUUGGGCGAAAGGGACAUGCUGUGGGAGAUAUUCCCGGAGUUAGGUUCAAGGUUGUGAAGGUUUCUGGUGUGUCUUUGUUGGCUCUCUUCAAGGAGAAGAAGGAGAAGCCACGAUCUUAGAUGCCUUACAAGAAGUGGCAUAGCCAGUUGUUCCAUCAUGAGAUAUAUUUAGUAAAGUUUCUUCUUCACCAUCAGCA